AGCUCAUUGGGCAGAAAAAAAACCAAAACGUAAACACAGCACGCCCUGCCUCCUCUGCGCGAUCCCUGCGCUGUUUCUUGCUGUUGGGCCAUUGCUUGGUGGCUUUCUCAUUAGGGCUUAGAUGCUGGUUUGGCCCAGAGCUCAUUCUGUUCGAGUUCUGGCUGGAGUUUCCUGGACAGAGUUCUCACAACACAGAUGCACUCCGAGUAUGCCUUCUGCCCUGGCUCUCCUCUCUCUCCGCGUUCACGUUGAUGCCCUGCUGGCAGACUUGGAAUCUACCACCUCCCACAUCUCCAAACGGCCAGUGUUCCUGUCAGAGGAGCCGCCCUACUCCUACCCAACUGGAAACCACACGUACCAGGAGAUUGCAGUGCCACCUCCGGUCCCACCGCCCCCGUCCAGCGAGGCCCUCAAUGGCACGGUCUUGGAUCCGUUAGACCAGUGGCAGCCUAGUGCUUCCAGAUACACUCACCAGCAGCAGCCUCCGUCCCCAUCGCCUGUAUACAGCUCCAGUGCUAAAAAUUCCAGUGCCUCCAACCCACCGGACGGCAUCGGCUCCCUUUGUUCCCGGGCCGGCGAGGAAGAACACGUCUACAGUUUCCCCAACAAGCAGAAGUCAGCGGAGCCUUCACCUACCGUCAUGAGCUCCUCCCUGGGCAGCAACCUCUCCGAACUCGACAGGCUGUUACUAGAGCUCAACGCGGUGCAGCAUGGUCCUCCCGGCUUCCCAGCAGAUGAAGCUGAUUCAAGCCCCCCGCUGCCCGGAGCCCGGAGCCCCCUUUACGGCACCCCAGAAAAUAACAGUCCCCUGGGGGCCAGAGCGGGGCCCCUGACAAAAGAGAAGCCCAAGCGAAACGGAGGCCGGGGGCUGGAGGAUGUGCGGCCCAGCGUGGAGAGCCUCUUGGAUGAACUGGAGAGUUCCGUGCCCAGCCCUGUCCCCGCCGUCACUGUGAACCAGGGAGAGAUGAGCAGUCCGCAGCGCGUCACCUCCAGCCAGCAGCAGACCCGGAUGUCGGCCUCCUCUGCCACCAGGGAACUGGACGAGCUCAUGGCUUCAUUGUCAGAUUUCAAGACUAGCACUUGUGCUGUGGUGCCGAGCUCCCAGGGGCUGCUGCCCCCAUCUACCCCACCCCCGCCCCGCACCCUUCCUCCUCCUCCCACUAAAUUCUCCCCUGGAGACCCCGAGGUCCUCUACACAGAAGGAAGUAGUCAGGCCCUUCCGCCUUCUGUGAUUUGCAGCUGGCUUGGUUUGGGAAGUCUUGAGGAGACAUCUGACACUCAAAACCCAAGGUGUUCUUUGUCAAGUUCUCAGCAGUCACGUGGCGCAAAGAGCCAGGCUCAAGUCAGGCACGGCCUGAUGGACUCUAUGGGUCCCCCCUCUAGGACUCCCCUAUGCCACACUCCACACCCGGCAGGCAGCACAGGGUCCCAGGGGCCACUGGCCAAUCAUGUGUGUUCCAAGGAGACUGGGGCUCCCAUUUGGAGCCGGCCACAGGCUUUGCCAGUGUCCCGGCCUGAGAGUCCCCAUGGAGGGGCUUCCAGCUUCCAGGCAGGGCCUGAACCACCCGCUGUGGCGGUGGACCGCCGAGCUGUGCUCCCUGACACCUGGGCUCUCACCGAGGAACGUGCCCUGCAGGAGAGGGCACAGUCAGAUCUAGGGGCCCUGGGAAGCACUUGUCUUGCCCCGGGGGACAAGGAGCAGUUAGGCGGGAAGGUCCCCCAGAAGGGAAGCCUUGGGGGACCCAUGGAGGCACUCGAGGACCUGGGGAACCCAGAAGGUGCCACCGAAGCCGCUAUGGAGGCCAGGAAGGAGCAGCCGGAGCGUUCUCAUGCCACGGCCAUAGGGACACCCAGCAUCUCGGAGAGGAUUUCCACCUCCGGCCAGAUCCGCUCUGUGAUCAGGAGGAGCCGGGAGACGGGCCACGUGCAUCCCAUGUCCCGGGAAGCCUCCCCUCGCCGCAGGCUCCACCCUGCCACCCUGAGCAGGAGUCCAUCCCAGGAGCAGCUCUUUGCAGAGCUGCAGGGCCGGCUGGGCAUCCCAGUGGCGGCAGAGGAGGCGGCAAGCGCCUCCGCCCAGGACUGGCUCACUGAAGGCGUUGUCAUCACCGUGCAGCCACGAGGGAGGAGGGCCGGGGGGCAGCUGGUAGAGAAGGUUGUCUACCCUCCUGACUCCCCCGUCCCCCUGAGAAGAACCAUCUCUGUUGUGGCCCCUUCUCCUCCCACUCCUUUGCUCCGGGACCACCCUGACCUUCCGGCCAACAGCUCUCCUCUCCAGCCCAGCCUGUCCACUUCCUCCCCCUGUCCAGGGCACUUGGCUGCUUCUUCUGCUUCUUCUGGGGUCCAGACUGCAGGGGGAAAGCCUCAGGAGGAGGGUGGGCGUGGCCCUCCUGGUUUCACUUCUGUACCCCACGCCGUGAGGUCUGUGGGCUGCCAGACCAGUGAGGACCCCGUUUUCCACCCGAUGCAGGCAGGCCUCCCGCCAUCUCGCCCUUCCCGUGCCCUGGCUCGUCCCGAGCCAUCUCCCAACCCUGAGGAUCCUGCCAAGAUGCAGGGCCUGGAACAGAGAUUGGAUGGAGAGCGGCCGUGGGCAGCAGGCUGGCCCCCCAGCAGCAGGCAGAGCAGCCCUGAAGGGCAGGACGAGGGAGGGUUCAUGGCCCAGGGGAAAACUGGGAGCAGCUCACCCCCUGGGGGGCUCUCAAAGCCCGGGAGCCAGCUCGACAGCAUGCUGGGGAGUCUGCAGUCCGACCUGAACAAGUUAGGGGUCGCCACCGUUGCCAAAGGGGUCUGCGGAGCCUGCAAGAAGCCCAUCGCUGGGCAGGUUGUGACCGCCAUGGGGAAGACGUGGCACCCCGAGCAUUUCGUGUGCACCCACUGCCAGGAAGAGAUCGGGUCCCGGAACUUCUUCGAGCGGGAUGGACAGCCCUACUGUGAGAAGGACUACCACAGCCUCUUCUCCCCACGCUGCUACUACUGUAACGGGCCCAUCCUGGAUAAAGUGGUGACGGCGCUGGACCGCACGUGGCACCCGGAACACUUCUUCUGUGCCCAGUGUGGAGCCUUCUUUGGUCCAGAAGGGUUCCACGAGAAGGAUGGCAAAGCGUACUGUCGGAAAGAUUACUUUGACAUGUUUGCCCCCAAGUGUGGCGGUUGUGCCCGUGCCAUCCUGGAGAACUACAUUUCGGCCCUCAACACCCUCUGGCACCCCGAAUGCUUUGUGUGCAGGGAGUGCUUCACGCCCUUUGUCAACGGCAGCUUCUUUGAGCACGACGGGCAACCCUACUGCGAGGUGCACUACCACGAGCGGCGCGGCUCGCUGUGCUCCGGCUGCCAGAAGCCCAUCACUGGCCGCUGCAUCACCGCCAUGGCCAAGAAGUUCCACCCCGAACACUUCGUGUGCGCCUUCUGCCUCAGGCAGCUCAACAAGGGCACCUUCAAGGAGCAGAACGACAAACCCUACUGCCAGAGCUGCUUCGUCAAGCUCUUCUGCUAGGCCCGCCCCAGCCGGGGCCACCCACUGCUCCUCUGACCCGGGGUGACUGAUGGCCCGAGCCAACAGAAACUGGAACCUCAGCCUCAGCAGGUGCAGGUGGAGGGCGGGCGGAACACCGUGUGGUGCCAUGCGGAUCCUGCGGGUUCCCAUCCUUACCAUAGCUAACGGGCCACCUCCCCCUUCCCUGGCUCUCUGCACCUCACCCUCACCAGAGGUGGAAGCUGCCACCAGUUGUCCCCACAAGUGAACCAGCACCCCACGCUGGAGCCUUUGACAGUCAGUCACCAUGCAGCAGUGGGGCCACUGGGAGGGAGGGCAGAGGGUCAGCCAGGGGCUCUUUUUAUCCUUCUCCAAACCUAAUUACCCUAGUGUAUUGGGGACAUCAGGCCCCUCAAAACAAUGCCAGCAUAAACCCACCCACGGGCCACCACCCCGUCUCCCAGAGUCUGGGUGACUGCCCCAUUCAUACCCGCCCCGGGUCUCUGAGAAAGGCUUCUCCAGCAAUAACAUUUUAUAUAGACACGUGCUUCAUCUCCGGGGAUGGCGUGUGGUGGGGGCGUCACCCGCGCCUCAACACUGUACCAAAUUCGAUAGAUUUCUACACUGAGGUUCAACUUCGUAUUGUUCAAGUUGCUUUUCUGUAUCUCUCCAGGAUGAUUUUGAAGGGAUUUAAAGAACACCCACUUUUGUACUCUUGCCCGUUCGCUGGCAGUGGCCCAGCCAGUGGCCUCGGUUUUGGUAUGGACUUUGCUUUGUACUGAGGGCUCGGGACGGGGAAACAAUUUGUAUCUUAUUUUAUUUCUUAGCACAGUGAGUUGGGAGCAGCCCUGUGAUGACUUCUGUCCGCUCCCAGCUCCCGGGCUGUUUUUAAACUGCUGUAUUUUCAAACCCUUUCCUUCCUGUCCAAGCCAACGGGCUCUGCAUUCAGAACUGGUCUCAGAAAGUUCAGCCCUUUGGACCUGGAAUUCUGAACCUCAUGUGUCCUGUUCCCAAGAGAGGCAAAGGGGAAAGACACUUCCUGCCUAAGUAAGCCAUCAGGAGCCAGCCUCUGCUCCCUGCGAACUUUCUGGCAACGAGGGGAACCCACUGAAUUCCUGCAGCCCCUCCUUGCUCUGGGGCCCUCUCUUCCGCCUUCUCAGGAAAGCUGGUGUCUGAUUUUUAACCAGGAAGGCCAUAAAGGGUCCCUGGUCUCCAUUCUUCUGGGUGCCUCAAACUUUGUGGCGACUGGGGCAAAGGUUGCUCCCUUUCACAGGUGGGAUUCCUGUUUGUGGAGGAGGGAUCUGAAAACAAUCCCUCAGGUUGGUCCAGGGAGCCCACUAGGAUCUGGGGCAGAUGGACAGACGGACAGAUGGACGGACGAGAUCCUGUUAGAGCAACGGGGAGUCCUAGGGUUCCCACCCCAAAGGAUAAGACCGGAGCAGCCAGCUCAGGAAAGGCUGGAUAAAAAGCGCCUGGAAAAGACACCCUAGAAGAUUGCAUAGGCUGGGGACGUACACAUUACAUCAGCUUCCUAGUAGAGGCCCAGUGUGAUGGGGGUCCAGACAAGGACCCUCAGUCAGGCCUGGGCUAGCAGCAGCCCAGGUCAGGGUCAGCUCUGGCGCUGCAGACACCGGCACUUCCACCCACAGGCCUUACUGCUCUGUUUACAGUGACCUGAUCCAGGCCCCUCCAAGAAGAGACUGGGGUAUCUGGAGGUCCAUUCUCUGGGUCAAUGGAUAUGUGAUCAUUUGAUUUUUUUUCCUCCCCCUUAUAAACUUCUAACCUGGCUUUUCCCAUUUCAACUCCUGUGAUUUAUGCCAAUAAAGUUUACCAUGAUUUUCACCCGA